GAGGGUUAGUCUACCUCGAACAUGACGACGUCGAAACGUGCUGCCAACCUACACGUGCUUCCACAGGGAUUCCGGGGUGUUUGACGAAGAGCUAGCGCAAAACUUCGUGGCGAAGCUCGGAGAAUUCCAUCUGGGCGCCACAAGCUGAAGCAGGUGGCGAGUAAGAUCCCAAGAAUGAAGCGUCUUCCCUGCAGCCGAAGUUUCUACGACGGCUUCGAUUUGUAUCGCCGCGACGUACCCAAUAUUCGUUUGGGUGGUUAGCCACGCCCCUAUCACCUCUGAUACCACGAUGCCGGGAUGCGGGCAGCUGAGGGAUACGACAGCAGCAGGUAAAGCAAGCACAAGCUACAGCCAGCAGGAACCGCCAUGGCCUUAUCGACGAAGCGCUGGGGGCUUUGGGCCAGGCGUGGGCCUAACUAACAACAGAUGUUCAAGGGUUGUUAGUGGGAGUCGUAGGGAGCUCGUCAACAGUACCCGGCAGCGGACUUCAUCCCUCCAAGACCCGCUAGAUCCAUGUAUGCAACCACCCUUCACCACCAACGGGCAACCUCACCUGGCACCACCAAGAGCCACCAGCAGUUGACGCCUUUUAAAGGGUGCGGCCUAUCUCGACCAUCACACUCUCUCUACCUUGCAUCUGGGUUCCCUUGUCUGGUCACAUCCAGCUCGUCCCUCUUCGGAGUUCUCAACACCAAAUCUGAAAACGUGCUUCAGCCGGAAGGGCCAUCGUCACUCUGCGAGUUCCCCCUCCCCUCCACUCCAGCCCAACUACCCAGUACUCUGAUUCCGUCAUACUUUACUAGCGGACUUUUCAUCACCUGGUUGGCCGGAGAAGGCGGUGUCCCACGCAACUUCUAGACGGCCUCUGCUACACCCCAUUUUCAUCCAAGCGUCGCCAUUUGCUCCGUUUGCAUGCGUUGGUGUCCUGGGGCGUCGAAGCCACUCCUCAGACCCAUCGUUCGAUUGCCCUUGGCCUAAGACCUCGCCAAUCAAGUAUCAUAUGCGACGCCCUCCUUACGUCCUCGGCUAUUCAACCGUGCCGAUUUCGAUCUUACGCUCCCUAUCUCGAGGCCCACGGUUGGACCAGUCUCUAUAACUUCUGGCUGGCGAAUGGUGAAGUCGAUGUUGGUCACCCAUGGAGUCACCCAUGGAUCCCGAAAGCAGCGAAGGAAGCACCAAGGCCGACGCUGUCAUAUCUAAACAGCAGCGAGUGCGCGAUAACCAACGACGGAGCCGCGCUCGCCGCCGGGAAUAUCUUGCGGAGCUCGAGAACCAGUUGCAACAAUGCCACAUAAUCUGUCGUGAGGCCGACCUACAACGCAACGCCUUUGCAGAACUCCAAGCCGAGAAUGCUCGUUUGCGAGAUUUGUUAAAGAAUGCUGGUAUUAGUCCUGACGAUGUGGAAAGUUCUGACAAGGAAACAACGCUUCAACGGCCCAGAGGGCUCAUGCCAGCCUCUUUUCGACAAUUAAAGCCCAAACUGUCCAUCCACGAGGCCACGAAUUCUCCAUCUGCAGUGAGCCAGAAGCCUGGCAGUGCUGCAUAUUGGUCAACAUCGUCGCCCUCGUCCUGCUGCACGCCACAACCUCCCGUGUCCACUGAAAACUUUGCAACCUACGACACUCAGUAUGGUCAGCAGCUGAUGCCACCACCGACGGUUCCUGCGACCGCAAUAUCUGCGACGGCAGCUGCAAACAGCUACACAAACAGAUCCUAUGAGUUGUACUUCCCGCCGCACGGCCUGGAAGCACACCCACCCAGCGAGCCUUCGUUUGUGUGCCACGUGUUUCUUGUCCCGCCGAGCGGACCCCUCUAUACAGAUGAUAGCAACAGCAUUUCCUGCUCGGUGGCGAAAGACAUGAUUUCACAGUACAAUCCGACACCAGAAGAGAUGGAAAACAUCGUAGCCAGGCUUUCGACGGCAUUCAGCCGACCCUUGUAUCAAGGAGAGAGCUGUCGAGUCAACCGACAAGUUUUGUUUCAAGUCCUCUACGAGAUGAAUUCCAACCAAGGCCCUCCUUUUGUCACUGGCCAGGUCAUUGACACAGAACAGAACGGAAUGUGACAACUGAGCUCCACGGAGUUUCUUCCAAUCUGGGGGUUUGAUCUGAACCCCCAACGUUGCGACCGGCGUAAGGUCAACAAUGGUUCCUGUCUUCCGUUAUGGGCGACGGCACAGAUGUUUCCCACGGUCUGUCACAAUCCUGAAUCAAAGCAGCAACCGGCCAAUUGGGUAAGAAUGCUUGCAGAACAAUGCUAUGUUGGAGGGAUGUCUUUGAAGUAGCGAUAUAUGGACAAAAUCGGGAUACUGGGCGUUAUGGCAAUUGGGUAAUCAUCCACGAGACCACGAAGACAUACGGAGGAAACAAUACAGUAGGAAACAGUCUACUGAGUCAAAAUAAUGAUCACCAUGUACUAUAUGGGCAUUUCGAAGGGAGAUGCAAGACCGAGAGCACCACAUGCACCAAGUAUUCUUUUUUCUUCUUCUCAUCUUGACAGUGGC